AGGCAGGGAAGAAGAUAUUUGCCAGGUUAUUUAAGCUUUGUGUGUCUCUCAACUGCGGUUGGCGUUUUGAGGGGGGAGUCAGAGGAGGGAGGAGAAAAAAUCAACCAUCGGCCUCCCCCCUCCACCCUUGGACGCCUUUCUCUGGCAGCUUAGUCGCGGGGGGAAGCCUCGAGGAAGGGAGCUGAAGGCCAAGGAGGACUGAAGCCCCCACCCCAGUUGCCUUCUCCUCUGCUCCCUACGGCUCCAUCGCCUCGCAGCCCAGAGCGAGGAGAACUGCCGGCUUAAAGCCGCCUUCUCUCUUCCCAGCUGACAACAUGGCUGCGGCCGCUUCUGCUGCCCAAGACGAGCAGAAUCAGCUUGAACGUGUAUUUUUGCGUCUCGGCCAUGCAGAAACAGAUGAGCAAUUGCAGAAUAUUAUAUCCAAAUUCCUUCCCCCUGUUCUUUUGAAACUUUCGAGUACACAGGAAGGAGUGCGUAAAAAGGUUAUGGAAUUGCUAGUUCAUCUGAACAAACGAAUCAAAAGUCGCCCAAAAAUCCAACUUCCAGUGGAGACUUUAUUAGUACAAUAUCAAGAUCCUUCUGCGGUCUCCUUUGUUACAAAUUUUACAAUAAUAUAUGUUAAGAUGGGUUACCCUCGUUUGCCUGUGGAAAAGCAAUGUGAGCUGGCACCCACUCUUCUUACUGCAAUGGAAGGAAAACCUCAACCUCAGCAGGACAGCCUAAUGCACCUUCUAAUACCAACACUUUUUCACAUGAAAUAUCCUGUUGAACCUCUGAAAGCAGCUUCUCCGUUUAAUCUUGCUGAAAAACCAAAGACUGUACAACUGCUGUUGGAUUUUAUGUUGGAUGUUCUCCUCAUGCCUUAUGGAUAUGUGUUAAAUGAAUCCCAGAGUCGCCAGAAUGUACCAGUGGGCCAGGGUUCCUCUUCAUCAAGCACUUCUGGAGGAUCUGGGAUCCCUCAGCCUCCUCCGGGAAUGAGCUUUUAUGCAGCCAAGCGGAUAAUUGGAGACAGUCCGUGGACACCUGAGCAGCUGGAACAGUGUAAAUUGGGUAUUGUGAAGUUCAUCGAAGCUGAACAGGUGCCUGAACUUGAAGCUGUCAUACAUUUGGUUAUUGCAUCUAGUGAUACACGGCACAGUGUCGCUACUGCAGCAGAUCUUGAACUCAAAAGCAAGCAGAGUUUAAUUGACUGGAAUAACCCAGCCAUCAUCAACAAGCUGUACAAAGUUUACCUUGGGGAUAUACCACUAAAAACUAAGGAGGGAGCUGUUCUGAAACCAGAAUUGAAACGUGAUCCUGUCAGUACUCGGGUGAAGUUAAAGAUUGUCCCACAUCUUCUGCGUUCCAGGCAAGCUGCAGAAACCUUUCCUGCAAAUAUUCAGGUUGUUUAUGAUGGGCUUUUUGGUGCAAAUGCCAAUGCUAAACUGAGAACUCUCUCUCUUCAAUUUGUGCAUCAUAUUUGUGUAAUUUGCCCUGACAGCAAGAUAAAACCUUUAGGUCCGAUGCUUUUGAAUGGACUGACAAAACUGAUAAAUGAAUAUAAAGAGGUGAGUACAAAGGGAUCGCCUUGUAAAGAAUCUUACUUAUUUGUAGAACUUAGAAUGUUAAAUGUUCUCAUUACUUGCACUUUUUUUCCUAAAGAACUAAUCUCUAUGUUAGAUGAUGAAAUGAUUGAAGGGUUGUCCGUUGAACAGCUAAAAGCUUAUUUAUUCUAUUGA